CUUCUAUCGCGUGCUACUACUGGACGUUAGAGAACGUUUAGUAACCAUCUUCGUUUUGGUUUGCUGUUAACAGACAGUCUUGUUAGUCUUGUUUCACACCAUAUAGGGAUCUCUUAAAACAGAAAAAUUGAAGUAGCCUUCGGUAUUUUUCAAAAAAGACAUUAAAAAAGUAUUUAAAAGCUUAGAGCGAAGAAAAAAGCGGAGAAAGCUGUUGCAGAACGGAGGCUAUUCCGCACCUAAGCGGACCAUCCUUGAUGCUUUGACUGAAGUUACAAGCAACAUUAGGAGAAGGAAGAUAGGUGAAAAAUGACCACUGCUAACAAGACUCCCCCUGGUGCAGAUCCAAAACAGCUGGAAAGGACAGGAACUGUUCGAGAAAUAGGUUCACAAGCUGUUUGGUCUCUUUCAUCUUGUAAACCGGGAUUUGGGGUGGAUCAGUUACGAGAUGAUAAUCUAGAAACAUACUGGCAAUCUGAUGGAUCACAGCCUCAUUUGGUCAACAUCCAGUUCAGAAGAAAAACUACUGUGAAGACAUUAUGCAUUUAUGCAGAUUAUAAAUCUGAUGAAAGUUACACUCCAAGCAAAAUCUCUGUGAGAGUAGGAAACAACUUUCACAAUCUUCAGGAAAUUCGGCAACUUGAAUUAGUGGAGCCAAGUGGUUGGAUUCAUGUUCCUUUAACUGACACCCAUAAGAAACCUAUUCGCACAUUUAUGAUUCAAAUUGCAGUUUUAGCCAAUCAUCAGAAUGGAAGAGAUACACAUAUGCGACAAAUUAAGGUUUAUACACCAGUUGAAGAAAGUUCUAUUGGUAAAUUUCCUAGAUGUACAACAAUUGAUUUCAUGAUGUAUCGAUCGAUCAGGGCUUUAAAAAAUUUUGGUAAGGAGAAAUAAAAAUAAAAUCUGGUGUUCACACCUUAAAACAAGAUAUCAAAGACUUCAAAUCCAAAUGUUGUCUGAAGAUUAAUCAGAUGGUACCAUGAAACUGCAGGAAUUGAACUCAGCAAGACCUGAAAACCAUGUGAAAGUUCCUAAUUUACUUUGGACCUAACGACCACAUAAAUGAGGUUUUGCCAUGUGUGCUAUCUGAAAGCAUUUCAAACCAUAGGUUUUAUUGACACAGACAUGUUUUUUUCCUUAAGACUAAUUGCUUUUUCCACAGAUUUAUACCAUGUUGCUUCUUGCUUCCAAUAAUGCUGCUUUUUUUGUUAAAAUAUUAUAUACAUUCUUCAUGUAUACUCACGUGCUGUUAAGUAAUGUCAGUGGCAAUUAUCUCUUUUUAACUGUAUUCUACAUGUGUUUACCAAGUCAAUUUGAAGAUAAUGAUGGUUUCAAAAAUAUUAUUUUUAUUAUUACAAUAUUUAUUAUAUAAAUAAUAUUCAAGGCACAAAGGUUUUUUUAAAGAUAUAAAUGUCCAAUCAAAUUGUUUUUCAAUCUCUGUAUUUCUGGUUUCACAUAACACUUAAAGUUUAGAGUCCAAUGAGACCUGAAUGAAUGAUAAUAUUCAUAUGAGAUCAGUCUAUCCUCUCAGCUCUUGCUGAACUAACAGAUCUGGCAGAAUUUUGAACAUUAUUUUCCAACUAAGAAAUAUGCCCUGGUUUGGUGAAUGUUUAUGAUAGGGAACAAAUAUUUUAACCCAGUUCAGUUCUUUGCAUUAGAUAAUGCUGCCCAGAAUUGCUUUGCAGCGAAUGGCUAAAUAAAUAAAUAAAUAAACAAACAAAACAAAACAAUUGACUUGAAAACUGCACAUGAAUGAAGAGAGAGAGAGAGAGAGAGUUAGUUAGUUAGUUACGGUUGACUUGAAAACUGCACCAUAAAUAAAGUUACUCAUCAAAAUAUAGUUACUCAUCAAUACUUCCUUAUCAAAAUAGACUGAGGUACUAAGUGGAGCACAACAGUUCAACUAAGUUCAGGGUACAAUACUCUUCAACAUUUUGUUAAUUAUUUGAAUGAGGAAUUUUUAUCAAAUUUGCAGAUGAUAUAAAAUUAGUGAUAACUAACAUUUCAGAAAAGAGAAAAUACAAAAUGGUUUUGACAGGCUAGGGCAGUGGUGGCAAACCUAUGGCACGCGUGCCAGAGGCGGCACUCAGAGCCCUCUCUGUGGGUAUGCGUGCCAUCGCCCCAGCCCCAC